AUGACCAUCAAGCUCUUCUGUCUCUGUCUCUUUGUGUACAUUGCUCUUCUUCUAAUUUCAGAAGGGAGGGCUACUAAUGCGGGCCGGACUAUGGACACGACCGCGGCUACGGCAGGAGGACGGGGUGGAAAGAGUGGUCGGACGGAAUGGCUUUACGUAGCUGGAGAAUGUGCGAAACUACCGCGUUGUAACAAAUAUUGCGUAUCCAGCGGGUUUCGUCUUGGUGGGUUUUGUAAGAAAUUGUCCCCUCAAUCUUCUUCUCUUUCUUGUGUUUGUAAAUAUACCUAA